AUGAUGCGCGCAAGUGCUCCUACAUUUUCCCGUCAGAAUCAUAGCAUUGAUAAUCAACAUCAUUACCCGCCGCAAUCAGUGGUGGAUUCCAUACCUUCUCCACCCUGCUUCCCUCUUUCCACUGUUGGUGCCCCUCCUGGCACCGUGGAGACCUCCGGGGGACGUUUACUCGAAAGAAGGAACGCUUUUAUGGAAACACUCCUUCUGGAAGGGAACGAACCAUUUUCAGGAAUCCGUCAGCGUCGUAUUCGCAAUCACCGAGGGCGCCCUUCGCCGGCCCUCCGGCAUCAUAACGCUGGUUUUCAGGUACCUUCUCAGGCGGCACCAUUUAGAAGUGGUAUCCACUAUGUCAACCCGAGAAGACCUGCUAGCCACAUCGCCAGCGGGCGCCGAAGGAAGUGUGGAACUGUAGUGCCUCAGCAGACAAUUCUUUCAGGCUCUAGUAUCUGCGCUUCUUCUCUGCCUAAUUACCCGGAAUCCUGUCGUCCCAUACCUUCUGAUUCCACUGAAGUCUUGCGGCUCUCUACUCCGCAUGGCAACCACGCGUUGUCUGCGGUGCCCGUGGCUUCUCUAGACGACGACACCCCUCGUGGGAGUUCCAAUUCGCUCGGUCGUAACGCUUGCCCGAAGCUUCACUCUCAUUGUUCAGUCAGCACUGAUGAAGGACUCACUUGGCCUCUCCAGAACAAGUCUGUUGUUCCAGGUGUUGCCUCUAGCGCAUUAACUGCCUCGCCUUUCUUAACUGGCGUAACUAACGAAAGGAAGUUCCACUGUGUCUUCCCGUUCUCAUGCGAAGAGCCGACAAAAGGGAAAACGUCACACACUGCGAACGCGAUGACGUCUGAGAACGGACGGACUCAGACGCAGCGUCUUAGACACACCGCUGCAUUGCCUAUUGCCAGCGGGUUAACUGUAGGAGAUGCGCGACGCUUUACGGGAGGGAUGACGUCCGUAUCGACUUUGAUUCCAGGAUCUGCUCAGCAGGCGUCUCCUGAAUCCCCUUCUUCGGCAGGACAAGGUGUCACUUCUCAGAACGCAACUCCGCAAGGAGAUGCUGAACAUUCAAAAGGACGAUGCCAUUCGUCUUCGUCUUUUCCAUCCCGUCCGAAGGAGGCACGGAAGAGUGCAGCAACUAGCGACCAAAGCUUACUCCCCCCUGUCAGACGGUCGGUGUCCCGAGAGAAAACUCCAUCCCAGUACCCGUUUUCCCUUACGCAGAACGGGAGUAGCAUUUUCCCCGGGAAUGCCCCAGCACUGGCGCCAGAUACGUUUCUCAAAAGCACGAGAACAGAUAAGACAGCCUCCGACACCAACAGUCAGAAGAUUCGCACAAACCCGAUUUCUGAUUUUUCCGUGCGUAGAUUUUCCGUCCCGUUUGCAGGUGACACCAGCAGCUCUCCAGUCCAAUCUGACACGCCAUUUCUCGAUGAGUCUUCCUGUUCCACUGUUAACGCGUCUCCUCCCGUGUCUGGCGAGAGGACUCGCUUGGUGAGAACAGGAGAGACCGCUUCUUUCGGCGAGAGAGAGAAACGCCUUGUAGGCACCACCGUCACGACAUGCGCCUCUCAUCCGUCUCCAGUUGAUAUGCCACGAGUUCCAUCACACUUUAGAAGGAUGGGAAUAGGGGCGUCGUUCAGAAUGCAUGGGGAAGUAACUGCUAAUAUGGAAUCAGGUUUCUUUGCUUAUCCCCCCGAUACUCCAGUGACCGAGAGGGAACGUAAUGAGGUUGACGCACAAGACUCACAUCUCCCUCUUUCAGUAACGAACACUCGGGCGUCUGAUGGAGACGUGGGGACUUGUUCUAAACCGGGGAGCAGGGCACAGCCACCCAUCUCGCCGCAUCUGUUUGAGUCUUGCGCAGCAUCCACAAAUACUCUACCACAAAGUCAAGCACCCCACGCGUGGGGAUUCCAGGAACAGCAUCUGUUUUCGCCCUUGUCAACACGUAACGUACGCAACUCUCAAGACCAAAAAGGCCAGUAUUCCACAGUAGAAGGAGGUUUGAGUGACAGCCCUGACCCCGUCAACCGUUGGCUAGAUGGCGGAUCCAGUACGGAAGAACAAAACAAUCAGAAAACGCUGCUUCGUCAGCAAAACAGAUUAGCUGAUCAACAUGGAGCAAUACACUUUCUUCCUGCCGCAGGUGUGCCAUCUUUUUCUUCCUCGGGGAGACAGGAAGUGCCUCAGGGUCCACUCCACUAUGCUCAGUCUGGCGACUUUGCGUACUGCAGAAACCUUCCUGUUCUGACAGCAACUUCAGAAACGUGGGACUGGGACUCCGGACUGCAGUUUGGGCAGCAUUCACGGGGCCCCGCCAGGCUUCCUGCUUUCAGAGAUGAGGUGAACAGCAUUAACGACAGUGGCACACAGCCGGAUGCCUUCGAACCGUUCCUCGACGAGAAUCGAGAGGUACCGGAAGGGAUAUUUUUGCCUGGAGGGCUGUGGAUUCCAUCUCCAGAAGAACAUGGACCGCAGGUGGAAACAGUCUUGCCCGACACAGGAGAGUUUUUGGAAGAUACACGAUAUCGCAUCUUUGUUCACUCCCAGCAACAGCCUCCACACUCUACACGUUCGAGGAUCCGCGCAGCUCCUGCGUCUGUUUUCUGGCCCCAGGCUGUCUGCCUUAAACUGCGAGAAAAUCGAUCACUUUUGUGUCAUUCCUCGCACACAGACAGUGAAAAAACACUUAGGAUCGACGGUAUCAAGGAUUUUGCCUUCGUGUCUCAUCAUGAGCACGUCAAGGAAUCGGAGGCCGAAGAUCAUGGGGAUGGAAAUCAAGCGUCGUCGGGGUACUACCGCCGUCAACUCUUACAGCAGCUGAGUCUCAAGAAAAGCAGAGAGGCGGAAGGAGAGAGGCGGCGAAACAAAGCUGCUCGAGUGCCUUGUUAUCCAAGAAACGAGGGUUGUGGAUCCGAAACGCACGCUCUCGAAACCAACACAGACGCCGUUACACAAUGUAGCCGACCGCCACAAACUGUCCAGCACUUUGACAGUGGUUCGCCGCAGAAGGCUGCCAGAGGAAAGGCAUUUUUGGAGUGCAGCAGAAACAACGCUACACUGAGGACCUCUGGAGGAUCGCUGUGUGGAAAGGCGCCAAUCAAUCUAUGUUUGCAAGAUGACGGAGGAUCGGGAAUCGGUGAUAUUGAACCACUUUCUCGUCAAACAGAAGGCGACAAGCGAAGCCAGGCUGUCGCCGCUCCUAAAGUCAAACAAGGAACUUGGCUGACGCCCAGGGAUAUGCCCCAGCAAGGGGGAUCGUGUGCACAAAGUCCGAAGAGAAACGACGACCAGAAAACUCUAGGAACCAGUAGCGUACGAUAUUCUCACACGAAUAAGCGUUGGCUUAAGAACACGCAAGACGCCUUCGCUUUGCGUUCACAAAGCAACACGCCCAAAAGCGGCAUUGUUCUUAGUUGGCAAUCCUCAAAGGCCCUACAGAGAAGCGAAGACCGUCCUCAGGAAGGGCAGUUGAAAAGCUUGGCACAUGCCGGUUCGACACAGAGGGGACCUAACGGAAAAGCGUGCUUCUCGCGCCUCAUGAAUAUCGAAGGAAAUCGGGAAACACGGGGUACAAAUGCAGGUAUGACAGGAGAAAACGACGCCCACACUCUCUUCGACGAUAGCGCAUCGCUGGCCAAACGACCUGGAAACUUUGAUAGAAACAGACAACACCUCCAGAAGUCGUACCGUCGUCCUCUCCGACAGCACCUGCGAUACAAUGAAGAGUGGCCUCGCAUGCCACUCUACGCUACAGCUUACGCGUGUCUGUGGGAAUACACGUUGUGUCCUUGGUGCGAAACGCGUAGCGCUUCAUCCUCACUUAGCAGUUCAGGCAGCGACGAGGGAGAAAAUGAAGCGGGUCUCGCUGUGCAUUUAUGCCGACGUCCAGAAGAGGCACAAACCAACCACUCUGCGACGCGUAACAGUACCGCAGUUGAGGCAGGUCUUCCCGCAUCAGCGCGAGGCGAUGGGACUCCACUGUUUCGCUGGAACAUCAUUUCCACAGCAGAGAAAAAGCCUUUGAGUCGAGAGACGGAUCCAUUAGGUGAGACAGCCGCGAAUUCCGUGGACAAUACGGCACCUCCGGCGACCCGAUACAGUACAACGUCGUAUUCAUCCUGUGAGAGUCCUGUUCGUGUUUGGAAAACCUUCGAAGGCAAGAAACGGAGCGAUGAGAGAAAACCAGUGUCUGCCGCGAAGAAACUCGAGCGGCCUCACUUUUUCCGUCCUACACAGCCUUCUAUCCAUGCACCUGCAACGGGACAGAACACAUGCGUUUCGGCAGCAAGUCAAGCGAUGGGACGAGACGGACCUCGCAGUGAAAAUGCGAUGGAUGUUUCCUCAUCCUUCUCGGUUAGACGCCACUUGUUCAGAUACCCUAGACCAGAGCGCAACAAGACCUGCAGCGCAGGGACGAAGGUUUCGGAGCAACACCAGUCGGGCCCUUACGCGACCACAGCAGCCGCGCCAUGCCUGAGGUACGCUGCCGUCUUCGGGGCGAGCACUUCAACUGGCAUUGGCCUCCUUUGCUCUCCGGAGCUUUCUCUGGACGCAGGGGCUCCUCUAGCACAAAUGCGCCAGACAGCUGCUCCGUCUGGACUUAAGUCACCGCAAAAAAAGGUAGCGGCAAGCAGCUCAACGCUUCCCAAAGUGGAUUCACCGUGUGACCCUACGCGAGCCAAGACGGCAGAAAAUGAAGUCAGCGCGGGACAAACCGUGAAGCACGGCUUUCGGACUGGUAGAGGACCAAGUCGUUCUGUUGAGGGUGGUUCUCCAGGGUCGCAAAAACCAAUCUCUCUCCUCGGAAAGAUCGGCCAGCAACAAAGACCUCAAAGAACGGCGGACUCGGGGGAAACGUCGGCGCCUCCGCAGUGCGCAGGCGUUGCGGUCGGCCACAAGACGACGGCGGCAACAAACAUGAGGAAGUCAUCUCAAGACACACUUCGUUCCUCCGCUUGUUCCUCCUUGAGGUCCUCAGCAUCAGCAGUUGACAGUCCGCGGUCUGUUCGCGCCACGACCUCUCCGAACGACGGAAUACCCGUAACUGCGCAGCAGGCCAAAGAAGUUUGGAAUAUGAGAAGCAAGGAACUGCACCGCGAGGGACAGGCAGAAAACGUAAAAGAGCAUGAUCUCCAGAGAAACGUCGCUGGCGUGACUGGAAAUCGACCAAGCGAGCAGACCGAAAUGGAAGAGGUGGAAAAAGAAUGUUCUGCUUCAAACUUAGGCAAUCACCCACGACGGGAUGAUCGACCAGAAGGGGAAGAACACUCAGGAACUCCUGACUCGAAACCUCCCCCACAGCCAGAGUUGGCUUCUUCGGCUGCUGCGCGUGUACCCAGUACACACAGACGAGAUGCUUCUGUGAAAAGCUCUCACGAGCGUCUGAGAAAGACGGCCGGGGACCGUCGCUCGUCGCCUUCCUCUUCCGUCCAACCUCUUUGGCGGCAGAGACAGAGCAAAAUGAAAUGAACACGACAACGCAGGCGCAAAGAGGAAACCGAGUGGUGAAAAUGCUAACCGAGAACGGAAGGCAAUCAUUUUUCUUUUUGGCCGCGCUUACCGUCGUGUCGAC